UGGGUAAUGUAGUGCAGCGGAGGACACGUGGUGCUGUUUGUUUCGCACGAAGUUUGCCGGAAACAUGGCGGGCCUGGAGCUGCUGUCGGACCAGGGGUACCGUUUGGAUGGAAGAAAAGCCACCGAGCUGCGGAAGGUUCAGGCCCGCAUGGGUGUGUUCGCUCAGGCGGACGGCUCCGCGUACUUAGAGCAGGGGAACACGAAGGCUCUGGCGGUGGUUUACGGUCCACAUGAAGUGCGAGGUGCACGCAGCCGGAGCCGCCACGAUCGAGCGAUGAUCAACUGUCAGUACAGCAUGGCCACGUUCAGCACGGCGGAGCGCAAGAGGAGGCCGCACGGGGACCGCAAGUCCACCGAGAUGAGCCUCCACCUCAAGCAGACGUUUGAAGCCGCGGUGAUGACCCAGCUCUACCCGCGCUCUCAAAUAGACAUCUUUGUCAAGAUUCUGCAGUCAGAUGGCGGGAACUACAGCGUGUGUGUGAACGCCGCCACCCUGGCCAUGAUCGACGCCGGCAUCCCGAUGCGGGACUACGUGUGCGCCUGCACGGUCGGGUUUGUGGACGAGACGCCGCUCGCUGACCUUUGCUACGCAGAGGAGGGCGGAGGAGUGAGCUCGCUGGCCUUGGCGCUCCUUCCCCGGGGCGGGCAGAUCGCUCUGCUGCAGAUGGACGCCAGACUCCAUCAGGAUCACUUGGAGGCUCUCAUGGAAGCCGCCAUGACGGCUUGCAAAGGCGUGAGCAAGGUGCUGGAUGAGGUGGUGCGACUGCACCUGCAAGAAGUUUCCGUGCUCUCUGCAGAGUGACGCGUGGAGGAAGGGGGUGAACAUCCAGACUGGAAGAAAGUGUUAUUGGACAGAAUGGAGAGGAAAGAUGAGAGAAUCUUGGAGCAAAUGUUUAUUUUUAUUUUGAUGUAUUCAUAGCAGUUAUACCUUUUUUGUAUAGUAUAUGUGUGAGGCUAACAAUAAAUCUGACAACCCUGCAUCA